AUGGUGUCAACUUCUUCAGCUCCUCCUGACAACCAAAGCUCGGAUCAAAUUGGUCCACCAGCCGAACUAGCUCCGGUGAUAGCCAGAUAUCAUUUCUACAAUGACUUAAUUGCCGGACUCUUGAGUUUGACACUCAACUUUUUACUGGUGUUUAUUAUCGCUAAACGCGGUUUCUCUGCUUCAAAACUAUUCAAAAAAGUGAUGGGAUUGUCUAAAUGCUUUGAGAUUUUGUUCAGUGCUAGUUACAUAAUGACGGCACCGGUAAGUUAUGGUCCAUCAGAUUUUUUAAAGACCGCGCCUCAGGUUUUCACAUCUAUUCACAUUAAACCCUCGUUUUCUGCGCUUAUGAUUGUGAACACCGGAUGGCAAUUCAAUUUCAUGUGUAGCAUUCUUUUUCUAUCAGCUGCAUUGGUUCUCCUGACACAACAAAUUCUUUUGGCUCCUUGGCUCUAUUUUUUCAGAUAUGCUCAAGUUUGCAGAAAAGACGGUGUAAAAUGUACUGACAUCUGCCUUAUCAUUUUUAUCAAUUUAACUUUCCAACUUUUUACAUCUGUUUGUCUGUGCUAUGCAUCUGUUCCAACCGAUGAUGACAUCGGAUUUUUUGGAAGUGUUACCAUGAAUUUUACUGGUGUUGAAACCGCAUUUCUCCUAUUAUCCUACUCAAAGAAAAUACUCACAACACCAGAAAAAAUCAGUCAAAUUGUGUCAAUCAUUUCUGCAUUUGGCUACCUCGCCAGUCUAAUCUUGUCAGUUGUCAUUAUGAUUUUUUGCAGUAUCAAGAUCAAUAUGAAAGUUCGAGAAACAAAGAACACAAGUAACAAUUUAUUGGUGUUGCAGAAGAAAAUGAAUAGGGUGCUUUUGACGCAGUUUUUCUGCCCACUAAUCUUCAUCCAAGUGCCCUUCUACUACUCAGUCCUCGGCCCAAUCGUCGGCCUAUCUCAAGGCCUUCUCACUGAUCUUCUACCCCUUCUAUUCUCCUGGUCACCCGCUAUCAACACUCUUUUCAUAUUCAUCUUAAAUUUCGAAAUUCGAAAUGCCCUGGUCGAGCUAAAUGGACCUUCGGUUGAAGUUGCGACAACCACAGCCAGCCUUGCUUGGUGGAACAAUAUUGUGGCGUGUGUGCUUUGCCUUUCGAUGAGUCUAAUUGCUACUUAUAUUCUGGUGAAUUCCAAGAUGAUUCAGAGUUACCUAAAAGUCACUUAUGUUUUUUUCAAGACUAUUGAUAUUGCAUUCAGUGUGAUGUUUGUUAUCUCGUGUCCGAUGUUCGUCGCGAUUGAAACAGACUCUAAUUUCAAUGGUCUCAUGAUUGUAAAUGCUGGAAUACAACUUCCAUUUCUCCUAUCCAUGUUAUGCCUCAUGUUGUCUAUCAUCCUUUUAACCCAACUCAUUUUUAUAUCUCCAAUUACCUACUUCAUACGGUAUCUGCAAAUUUGUAGAAAAGGAAUCCACCUACCACAUGUCAUCUCAAUCAUCACUCUCAAUAUAUUUCUACUUGUUUUGAGUUCUGGAGUUUUGUGCUACUCAUCGUAUACGACUAUAAACGAUGUCAUCGUUCUAAGUGGCAUAGCUGUGAAUUACGUCGGUCAUGAAACGGUUUUUCUGGUUUUAUCCUAUGAUAAAAUCGAAACCGAGUUCACUGCCUACAUCUCCAGUUUCACCUACCUUCUUAUCCUCAUUUUCUCGGUUGUCCUUAUGAGUUUCAGUCAUUUGAAAAUCAACUCCAAGAUCAAUUCGAAUCUUAAUAUGAGUGAAAAUUUGAAGAAAAUGCAGAAUCGAGCAAAUCAGAUUCUAACAUCCCAGUUCAUAAUAACUCUAAUAUUCGUGCAACUUCCAUUCUUCUAUUCUGUCCUUGGUCCAAUGGUAGCUGCAUCCCAGAAACUUGCCACGUAUCUUCUCUCAAUUCUAUUCGUCUGGGGUCCCGUUGCCAAUACCGCCAGCUUAUUCAUUCUCAAAACCGAUGUCCGUCAAAAAUUCUUCGGAGGAUGCCGCCAGGAAACCGAAUCAACAGUGAUUAAUGUAGCCGACCGAUCCGCUAUGAAGUCUGAUAUGAAAUUGAGAUCUACCUAA